AUGCUUGACGCCCUCAAUCCCGCUCAACGAGCGGCUGUUCUCCACCCGCCAACCACAGCACUGCAAAUUCUUGCGGGCCCCGGGAGUGGCAAGACCAAAGUACUCACUUCCCGAAUCGCCCAUCUUGUUCUUACCCAUGGACUUGUCCCAUCCACGAUUUGCGCCGUCACAUUUACGAACAAGGCUGCAAAUGAGAUGCGUUCGCGGCUCUCUGCCCUGAUAGGCAAGCAGAAAACCUCCGAAGUCAGGAUGGGCACCUUUCAUGCUCUGUGUGCGCUAUUUCUGCGGAGAUUUGCGCACAAGGUUGGGCUGGAUGUCAAUUUCACGAUCUGUGAUGCCGAUGAGAGCAAGAAAAUCAUUUUGCACCUACUCAAACCACACAAAGAUGUCAUUGUUGCUAAAGAUCUCAUGCUCAAGGAGGGAACAGUUCUUUCGCACAUAUCUCGGGCAAAGGCAAAAGGACUCUCCCCGAAGGAGUACGCCAAGCAAACACCAGAACAAUCUUACGAGGCCGAAGUCCACAAAAUUGUCGCCGCAGUCUACGUGGAGUAUGAAAAACUCCUCAGACGCAACAACAGUCUCGACUUUGACGACCUUCUCCUUUAUGGUGUCAAACUAUUCACAGAGAAUCCGACAACAGCAAACUGGUGCAGGCAUGUUCUCGUUGACGAAUUUCAGGAUACCAACACAACGCAAUAUGAAUUGAUGAGCGUGCUUGGCGCAGCCGCUGGUGGAUGUGUAACUGUGGUGGGUGACCCUGAUCAGUCAAUAUAUGGGCGAGUUUGUCUAUUAUGGCGUUCUGCCGAAGUGACUAACCUUUCUCGAAUGAAAAACGACUUUCGUGGAACCACGCAAAUUCUCCUAGAAGAAAAUUAUCGCUCCACUGCUUCGAUCCUCAAUGCAAGCCUGGCUAUUGUGUCGCAAGACAAAUCCCGCAUCAACAAACGUCUCCUCACUACCCAUCCCCGCGGGUGUACUCCCGUACUACGAACACUUUCCACUGAACAUGCUGAAGCUGAUUUCAUUGCCAUCGAAAUCAAGCGCCUGAUUGCAUCCAUGGGAGGCAUUCUGCGUUAUGGCGAUUUUGCCAUUCUCUUGCGCUACAGUGCUCUUUCUCGUGCAAUUGAGAGUGCGUUGCAGAAGGAAGCCAUCCCAAACGUCCUCCUCGGCGGACACAAAUUUUUCGAACGACAAGAGAUUAAAGACAUCUUAUCAUACCUUCAACUGGUAGACAACCCUUCUUUUGCACCAGCUGUGACCCGUGCAAUUAAUGUGCCGAGCCGUCAGAUUGGUGAAAAGUCAAUUGCAGAACUUGCCUCUCGUGCUGCCAAAAGGAAUUCGUCCAUUAUGGAUACUGUGGAAAGCAUACACGACGCUAAAUGUCCUGACAUUAAGCCCGCGAUUAAACAGAAAACCGCGUCGUUCGUCAAGACGAUCAGAAUUCUAAGGAAACUUGCGAGUGAGGGAGCAACACCUUCAGAUCUCAUCCGACGAUUGUUGGAUCUUAUCAAGUACGAAGGUCACUUGAAGAAAACACAGCCGGAUUGGGAGUCGCGUUGGGAGAAUGUUCAAGAGCUUAUUACCUUCGCUAGCGAGGUACAAACUGAAGCGGAAGAUGAACUGGUGGACAUUGACUUCGAUGAGGAGCCUCAACCUACACAAACCCGCGAUACGCCACUUCGUUUGUUCUUGCAAGCAUCUAUGUUGUCUUCAGAGGGAGAUAACCAGAGUGAAGAGGACAGCAAAGAGAAAGUCACCAUAUCAACAUGCCAUGCCGCCAAAGGUCUUGAGUGGCCAGUGGUCAUCAUUCCUGCCGUUGAGAAGGGCACUUUCCCCUUUUAUCGGUCAGAGGAUGUGUGCGAGGAGAGGCGUCUGCUUUAUGUCGCAUGCACCAGAGCUCAGAGCAUACUCUACCUCACUCAUACGUCCAAGCGGAAGAUUGGUGGAGUGACUAAACCGAAGGAACUAUCUCAGUUCAUCGCUUCAGUGGCAAAAACCGAGAAAGCACGUCUUUCGAACAAUGAUCUUUUCACAAAUCAGAGGCCUUCGCUCGAAACGGAUGCUUCCGAACGCGAUGUCAUCUCCCGCGUCUUGGGAAGACCGCUGGCUGCCCAAAUUGAAGUGACUCGUCGGAUGGAAGAUUUUCGGAGAACAACCCCUUAUCUUGAAGAAUACGAUGCGUUGCCACAACCACAAGCUGCAUGGCAUCCGGGGCUGGUUACACCGGCCUCGGUGUCCUUUGCUUCCCCGCGAGUCGCGUUUGGCGCGAACUUCUCAACGAACCUGGCUACAAAUCCAUCCAUCAGGCUUUCAGAAGGCACAGCAAUCCUCCAUCCACUACUGUCAAACCCAGCAAUAGUAACAGUGUCGCAUCCUAGCUCGCCGGUGAAUUCCUCGUCUGGUAAACGCGCUACUGUCAGAGCCGUGCAACCACCUUCGUCCGAUCCUGCCCUGGCUCCACCGACAUCGGCAUACGUCUCUUCCCCGCGAAUCGCGUUUGGCCCAAAUUUCUCGAUGAACGUGGCCAUAAAACCAUCGAUAAGACCCCCAAUUCUUAAGGAAGGCAUCCCUCAUCCGCCAUUGUCGAAAUCCACAACAGUCUCGCAUUCUGAUUCGCCGACAGCCCCUUCGCUCCAUGCAAGCAAUAUGCUUGCUGCUACUGCUGUGAUCCCACUACCUUUGUCCAACCCUGUCGCCGGCGUCAAGAGACGGCUUGGUAUGGGAAGAGGUGGAACGACGGGGUUCCCUAAUAAGAAGUUUAAGGUUCCAACGCUGAUGCAGCCACCAUAA